ACGGUCCAGGUGGUCGGAGACAUACCCAGUGGCCUGUCCGCCCCAGUCCUCCCCUCUCUCUCUCAGGCCAGAGAGCUGUUUGUUCCCGCUCUGUCUGUGGCUCUGGUCAGCUUCAGUUACCUCUCAGCCCUGGGUUCAGUGUUUGCCAACAAACACGGCUACCACAUGGACUCCAGUCAGGACCUGCUGGCUCUGGGUCUGUGCAACACCGUAGGAGCGAUGUUCCAGUGCUUCGCUGUCAGCUGCUCCUUCUCUCGCAGCAUGGUCCAGGAUAGCAUCGGUGUCAAAACACAGAUGGCUGGUUUGGUAUCAGCUCUGUUGAUUCUGACCAUCCUGUUGAAGAUCGGUCACCUCUUCGAGCAGCUGCCAAAGGCAAUGCUGGCAGUGAUCAUCGUGGUGAACCUGAGUGGCAUACUGGCUCAGUUCAAAGAUGUGUGUGUGCUCUGGAAGUCUGACAGAUUAGACCUGCUGGUGUGGGUCUUCACGCUGAUUUCCACGCUGGUGUUCAACCUGGACCUGGGUCUGGCUGUGGCCGUGGUCUUCUCUCUGCUCACACUCAUCUACAGGACUCAACACUCCUCCACUCUUGUUUUGGGUGGUAUUCCCGGUACAGACUGUUACAGAGACGUGGGACUGUACGCUGAGGCAAAGCAAGUCCCUGGAGUGACCAUACUCUCCCAUUCCAGUCCUAUUUAUUUUGCCAACUCUGAACUGGUCUUCACACAGAUCAGACAGACAGUGAGUCGUGAUCAGAAGGAGAACCCAGCUCCCUCAUCAGCCGAGACGACGACACACACUCAUUGCUUGGUUCUAGAUCUCAGCUCUGUCACCUUCAUGGACUCUGUGGCCAAAACAGGACUCUGCAAGAAACAGUGUUAUCUAAGCUCCAGACUCAGGGUUGUAUACGGGACAGCCUGCUCAGCUCCUGUGUCUUCCCAUCGGUCCAUCAUGCUGUCCAGCGCUGCCUCAGCACCCUGCCCAAGCCUCUGGAGAAUAUGCUACCGCCAGAGCUUGGGCGAGGUUGCUGAGGCGAGCGCUGGACGGCAGAUGGACCCGAUGGGGAAGACCCAGGAGCUGAGCCAGGCGUGUCCCGUAUACAACCCUGAGUCUGGAGCUUAG